AUGCGCCCGAACUCACGAAAACGAGCCGCCUCUGGACCCGAUGGAACCGUGUUUGCGAAGAAACCAUUGUUAAAAGAUGAACCACUGCCACUUGCUCUUCGUGAGGCGGCCCCAUACCACGACGAGGAAGCGGCGAUCGCUGAAAGGAAUCGAGUCGACUACUCGAAAAAGGUUACUUUGGAAGUCGCUCAAGCAAAUCAAGCUGGCCGACCGAUUCGCGUGUACGCUGACGGAAUCUACGAUCUUUUUCACUAUGGACACGCAAAUCAGUUGAAACAGGCCAAGAACGCCUUCCCUAAUGUUUACCUCAUUGUCGGCGUUUGUGGAGACGCGAACACGCACAAGCAUAAGGGUCGCACCGUCACUAAUGAAGACGAGAGGUACGAGGCUGUGCGUCAUUGUCGAUACGUGGAUGAGGUGAUCCGGGAUGCUCCAUGGUAUUGUACAGUCGAGUUCCUCAAGGAAAUGAAGGUCGACUUCAUUGCCCACGACGCAAUUCCAUAUGAAGCGUGUGGUGAAGAGGAUAUCUACGAGAAAUUCCGACAAGCUGGCAUGUUUGUCGAGACGCAAAGGACUGAGGGUGUUUCCACUUCGGAUGUCGUUUGCCGGAUCAUCAAGGACUAUGACAAAUAUGUGCGCCGGAACUUGCAGCGGGGCUAUUCGGCCGAAGAGCUCAACGUCGGCUUCUUAGCGUCACAAAAGUACAAGAUUCAGGAAAAAGUCGACGGCUUGAAGGAGAAAGGAUUGGAGUUGGUGGCAAAAUGGCGGGCAAAGUCCGACGAUUUCAUCAGGGGUUUCCUCGGAACGUUUCACAUAGAUGGUCAACUGUCACUUGGAGAUCGAAUUCGUCACAUCAUGUCCCGAAGUCCAUCACCACAACCCGAAGGCUCGGAGGGCGGACAUUCGAAUAGCUUC